AUGAGUUUCCGUAGAGGAGGUGCCGCUGGUGGCAACCAGAGACAGGCGUUACCCUUUGGUCUGGCCUAUACCGAUGUUAGUGAGGCUCAUGAGACCGAAUUUCCAUCUAUACCAUUACCUGUAAAUAAUCCAAUGAAUGAUACUGAAAAGUCCAUCGCUUUAAACUAUAUCAACCUAAAUAAUGUUAUAAACGAUGGUCCGUUCCACACGGGAACCACAGCAGAAGCAAGUCAGGAUAAUGGUUCUAUAGAAAGAUACUCUGAUAAGUAUUCAAAGAAGAAAAACGUUGGUACUGUAUCUAUCGAUGAUUUCCCAUUCCACAUCCAAAACUUCCCAUCUGAGUUAUAUAACGUCAUGGGUAUAAAUAAGAAGAAGAAAAAGACCCUACUGCUUUCAAAAUCUAAGAUGAAUGAACUUGAUAUCUUUACAGGUGCAAAGACAGAUGGUAGUGCAAUUAAUGGAUUAUCCAUGCUAGAAAAGUUCAAAGAACUUGCGGAAGACGCUGAAGACGAUAAUGACAAUGAAAAGAAGGAUAAUGAAGAUGAAAAUGUCGUCUCAGAUAAUAAUUUCGACGAUGAUGAGGAUGACGACGACGAUUAUAACGCUGAGAAAUAUUUCGAUGAUGGUGACGAUGAUGGUUACGGCAAUGAGGAUGAUUAUGGCGAUGAACCUGCCUUUUAA